CCGGGCGCACGCCAUUGGCUGCGCGAUCGGGCGAUGGCGGCGGCUGGCGUACCGCGCCCCGGGUGUCCUUGCUCGGGGAGGAGCAGCAGGCUCAGUCCGCGGCGUGAGGGAAGCUCGGGCAGUGUUUCUGGGUGCGGUGGUGUGGCGCCGGCGCCGGGGCGGUUUGCUAAGGGUAGAAGGAGCCUCUUCAAAAUGUUGUCCAGACUCUUUCGCAUGCACGGGCUUUUUGUGGCCUCCCAUCCAUGGGAAGUCAUUGUGGGGACUGUGACUCUCACCAUCUGUAUGAUGUCCAUGAAGAUGUUCACGGGGAAUGAUAAGAUCUGCGGCUGGAAUUAUGAGUGCCCCAAACUUGAAGAAGAUGUUCUGAGCAGUGACAUCAUCAUCCUGACAAUCACGCGCUGUAUAGCAAUCCUUUACAUAUAUUUCCAGUUCCAGAACCUAAGGCAGCUUGGAUCAAAAUAUAUUUUGGGUAUUGCUGGCCUCUUUACAAUAUUCUCAAGUUUUGUUUUUAGUACAGUGGUAAUUCACUUCUUGGAUAAAGAGCUGACAGGUCUGAAUGAAGCUUUACCCUUCUUCCUGCUUCUGAUUGAUCUGUCAAGAGCAAGUGCAUUAGCUAAAUUUGCACUCAGUUCCAACUCACAGGACGAAGUUAGAGAAAAUAUUUCACGUGGAAUGGCAAUUUUAGGCCCUACAUUUACACUGGAUGCACUUGUGGAGUGUCUUGUGAUCGGUGUUGGUACUAUGUCAGGUGUACGACAACUUGAAAUUAUGUGCUGCUUUGGCUGUAUGUCUGUCCUUGCCAACUACUUUGUCUUCAUGACCUUCUUUCCAGCUUGCGUGUCCUUGGUAUUGGAGCUUUCGAGAGAGAGUCGUGAAGGGCGUCCUAUAUGGCAGCUUAGCCAUUUUGCUCGUGUUCUGGAAGAAGAAGAAAAUAAACCAAAUCCUGUAACACAGAGGGUCAAAAUGAUUAUGUCGCUGGGUUUGGUUCUUGUUCAUGCGCACAGUCGCUGGAUAGCAGAACCAGCUGCUCAAAACAGUACUGUAGAAGAUUCAGUGGAAUUGGAUGAGAAUGCACCAAAGAGAAUUGAACCUAAUGUUUCAUUAUGGCAGUUCUACCUUUCUCGAAUGGCCAGUAUGAAUAUUGAACAAGUAAUCACGCUUGGAUUAGCCCUGCUCCUUGCUGUCAAAUACAUCUUCUUUGAGCAAGCAGAGACUGAAUCCACACUCUCGCUGAAGAAUCCCAUAACAUCUCCAGUUAUGGUCCAGAAAAAGGUCCCAGAGAAUUGUUGCAGGAAGCAACAAUCUGGACUUCUGAAAAACAAUCAGAAAUCUAACACAUUAGAAGAAGCUUUAGUUCCCAAAAAAGGAAACGCUGAAGUCAUAAAACCUGUAUUAGCAGAGUCAUCAAACAAGGCUACAUUUGUAGUUGGCAGUUGCAAUCCUGUGGAAACAUCUUCAUGUCUUCAUGGAAAAGAGGAAGAAAUAGAGUUACCAAAAGAACCCCGUUCUAUUGAGGAAUGUGUUAGUAUACUUGGAAAUGCAGAGAAAGGAGCAAAAUUCCUUACUGAUGCUGAGGUCAUCAGUUUAGUUAAUGCUAAGCAUAUUCCUGCAUACAAACUGGAAACCCUGAUGGAAACUCAGGAGCGAGGUGUGUCCAUUCGUAGACAGAUGUUAUCUAAGAAACUCCCCGAACCUUCAUCUUUGCAGUAUCUUCCGUAUAGGAAUUAUAAUUAUUCUUUGGUAAUGGGAGCUUGCUGUGAAAAUGUGAUUGGAUAUAUGCCUAUUCCUGUAGGCGUAGCAGGACCACUGUUUCUGGAUAACAAAGAGUUUCAGGUGCCAAUGGCAACAACAGAAGGUUGUCUUGUAGCAAGCACUAACAGAGGGUGCAGAGCAAUAUGUCUUGGUGGAGGAGCACGUAGCCGCAUUCUGGCAGAUGGGAUGACUCGAGGACCUGUUGUAAGGCUGCCCAGUGCUUGCCAGGCUGCAGAACUGAAAGUCUGGCUUGAAAGCCCUGAAGGCUUUAAAAUAAUGAAGGAAGCUUUUGACAGCACAAGUAGGUUUGCCCGCCUACAAAAACUUCUCAUCAGUUUGGCUGGUCGUAACCUUUAUAUCCGUUUUCAGUCUGGAACAGGGGAUGCAAUGGGAAUGAAUAUGAUUUCAAAAGGUACUGAAAAAGCACUUGUAAGGUUGAAUGAAGAGUUUCCUGAUCUCCAAGUUAUAGCUAUUAGUGGUAACUAUUGUACGGACAAAAAACCUGCUGCUAUAAACUGGAUAGAAGGAAGAGGGAAGUCUGUUGUCUGUGAAGCAGUCAUUCCAGCCAAGGUUGUUAGAGAAGUAUUGAAGACAACUACAGAUGAUAUAGUUGAAGUUAAUAUCAACAAGAAUUUGGUGGGUUCUGCAAUGGCUGGUAGCAUAGGUGGCUACAAUGCACAUGCAGCAAACAUUGUAACAGCUAUCUACAUUGCCUGUGGUCAGGACGCUGCACAGAAUGUGGGCAGCUCUAAUUGCAUCACUCUGAUGGAGAGAACUGGUUCCACCAACGAAGACCUGUACAUCAGCUGCACAAUGCCUUCUAUUGAAAUAGGAACUGUUGGCGGAGGCACCAACUUGCUCCCACAGCAAGCCUGUUUGCAGAUGUUAGGUGUUCAGGGUGCAAGCCAAGAUAACCCUGGUGAAAACGCUCGUCAGCUCGCUAAAAUUGUUUGUGCCACAGUGAUGGCAGGGGAGUUAUCACUGAUGGCAGCUCUUGCAGCUGGGCACCUUGUCAGGAGCCACAUGAUCCACAACAGGUCAAAAAUAAAUCUACAAGAUCUUCAAGGAGCCUGCAGUAAGAAGGCAGCCUGAAUACUAAAAAAGCUUUGAAAUGAAGAGUUGCCCUAGCAGCUGACCAGAUGUAUGGGGAUAAAAAACCAACCAAAAUCUGUGAAGUUUAAAAUGCAAAUCACCUUUAACAUAAUAAUGUCUGUGUAAGAUGAAGUGAGAGAUCAACGGACUUGGGUGACACUACUUACGCCUUUGACUUUCUUCAGUGGUUAGAGAAGACUUCAUAAAGGAAGUCCUGUCAGAUGUCUUGAUCAUGGCUUUGGAAUUCUUGAUCUUACACAUCAUUUUAUAAAGGGGCAGUCUUAUGUUUUUACUGGCUGAGGUUAUUUUAAUUUGUGAGUGCCUGGUGACUACUGAAAAGUGGUAUAAUGUACAUUGUACAUUAA